AUUAAACUUUUAAAAUUUCAAAACCAAGUGAUUGGCGUUUUUCACACUUGUGUGUUUGGUCUUUGCUUUCCCUAUUAACCUCUAUUAAUCUCAACCCAUGAGGUUUCCAGCUUUUGGUUCUCUUUCUGACAGGGGAGCGGGCAGGCGGAUGGGUUGGGCUUGGUUCCUGUCCUUGUUUGUCACCCAGCGUGGGGCACUGAGGGUUGAGGUAACAACAGAGUGGGUUGGAAUCAAAUUUGAUCUCAGCAUUUGCUGUAUUGGGUCCAGAACCACUGGUCACUGUGGUGCUUGGUCUGUUCCUGUGGGUAUGGUGCCCACCCUGGCUCUGUUCCUGCAUUCCUGUAUGUGCUCCCCGGGGUCACUUUUUAUGGAGCAGGGACAAGGAUCGGCAUUUCUCUGUUGCUGUUACUGUUCAUUUUCUUGGAGCCAGUUCUAAACUCAGCCUGAGAUCUUUACCUUUUGUGCCUCCUCUCCAUCCUGCCGCUGUGAGAAGGGGGAAAGAGAACAGGGGAGCAAGAGAAUGGGCAUGGUUUGAAGGGUCUCAGUGGGGGCACUGAACAGGGGAGUACCAUUCCUAAACCACAACAGAUCCCAGUGCCCCAACCCUCCACACCCCCCAUGCUCCCAAUACUGGGACCCCAGUAUCAGCACCCCAGCCCCAGUAUCAGCACCCCAGCCCCCUCGUGCAGCCCAGGAGCACCUCCCAGCCCCAGCCUGGCCCCGUCUCCAGCCAGCCCCACUGCGCUGGUAACCGGAGCUCCGAUAGCAGCCGCAGCUGCGGUGACACCAUCAAUAAUUGAGUGGCAGCAGGGCUCCACACAGGACUGCCUGCCUCUGCCUGCCUGGAGCGUGGGGACAGGUACGUGCCACCCCCAUUGCCCUAUCCUGUCGCUGUGGCUGGGCACCCCAACAGCUCAGGCUGUGGGGAGCAGGGUGUGAGGUACAGAAUAUGGGGGAUGGGAGCAGCAAAGCCAGAUCAAGGGGGGGUGCAAGGGAUUGUGCUGAACAAGGCCCCUCACAGCAGCACAAUCCCCUGGGAUGCCAGCCUUGCCAACCCCAAUAUCUGGACCCUGGCAGAUGGGUCCCCAGCCCUGGCACAGGAUCUCCACAGCAUCCUGGGGUGCCCCAGCCCUGCAGGCCCAGCAGCACUGGAGUCCAGGGAGAGGCACUUCCAGGGGGUGCACAGCACAUCCAGCUCGUGGCAUGAAUGGGAGCUGUGAGGCUGGCACCCUGGGAGGACACCCUACCACAGCAUGCCCUGUGAGGGGACAGAUUUGCCUCGUUACGGUUUAAGGGCUCACAGUGCUUCCAUGAUCUCUGCACAGGGAGAUUUUCAAAGCCUGGGCCCAAGGUUACGCUACUGAUUGAUAGCGGACACAAAGGGUGCAGAACUCCAAGAUAAGUACGAAACUAACAAAGUCAACUCAGCACUGUGCACGAAGCACGGCCUCAUUCCCUUGUGAUGGUGUCUCCGGCGAUUGCCCUGGCCUUCCUCCCGUUCAUCGUCACCCUGCUGAUCCGGUACCGGCACUACCUGAUGCUGCUGUACCGGGCGGCGCUGGUGCCCUGGCUGCGGGACCGGCUCACCGGCACCUCGCGGGAGCAGCGCGCCUUCCAGUACCUGCUGGCCCAUGCCAUCCCGGGGGACCCCCAGCACAUCCUCCAGACCUUCGAUCAGUGGUGCUACCACUGUGAGCACCUCAGCUGUGUGGGGCCCGACAAAGGGCGGAUCGUGGAGCGGGUGCUGUUGGAGCGGGCACCGCUGCGGGUGCUGGAGCUGGGCACGUACUGCGGCUACGGCACCGUGCUGCUGGCACAGGCGCUGCCCCCAGGCGCCCGCCUCUACACCAUCGAGGGCGACCCCCGGCACGCCGCCGUGGCCGAGAAGGUCAUCCGCCUGGCCGGCUUCAGCGAGCAGAUGGUGAGCAGCCGGGCACAGGGAAACCAGGGAGGAGGUGGGUGGGGGUCCUUUGCUGGGUCCUUGCUGGGACUGUGGCACCUGCUGGGCAGUGCACAUGGGACGAGGAAGAUGCUGUGCCACGUGGACCCCUCAGCACGCUGUGCAGCAGGGAGGUGGGUGGGCACCCUCCACCCCGCCCCAGCGACUGAGGGUGAUGCAGCGCAGGUGGAGCUGAUCGUGGGCCCCUCGGAGGAGGUGAUACCCCGCCUGCGCGAGAAGCACGGCCUGGUGAACGCCAACCUGGUCUUCAUGGAUCACUGGAAACGCAGCUACCUGCGGGAUCUACGGCUGCUGGAGAGCCACCAGCUGCUGGCUGAGGGGGCCACCAUCCUGGCUGAUAACGUCCUCUUCCCCGGGGCACCCCACUUCCUGCAGUACGCCAAGACCUGUGGCAAAUACCACUGCAAGGUGCACCGCGCCAGCCUGGAGUACUUCCGCGCCAUUCCCGACGGAAUCGCCGAGCUCCGCUACACCGGUACCCACUGAGCAGGCAGUGCUCCUGCCUCGUGCUGGCCCCGUGGAGUGCCAGGUGCC